UUAAUUGACGUCUCUCAGCUAUAGUCAUUAGAGGUCGAUACACAAGUUGUGAGGAACCGUAUUCAAAUGUGCGCGAGGCAAAAACAACGAGGAGCGGAGCGGAAGUGAGGAGGUGGAAGAAGAAAAAAGACAGAAAACAUCUGGACCUCAUUUGUACCCUGGGGAGAAAGGGAAAAAAAUACUGCCAUAAAUCGAACUUCUUAAAUCUUACCUCCUCACUGAGCGGCGAAAACAUCCUUUGCGAUAUGUUUUUGUGAUAAAUUUAUUUUUGUGGAAACGCAAAGGGAGGUAAAAUAAUUACUACUUGGGCACCCUCUGCAGUGGUUGAUGUGCGCGUGCGAGCGUGCGUGCGUGUGACUGUGUGUAUUACGUGAUUGUGUUAGAAGCGCGCAGCUCGAGUCUGAUUGCUGGCUGCGAGGACAGAGGAUCGCGGGACAGCGCGUGGAAUUCAACCCCGGUUUUAAAACGUUAACGGACAAUUCAGUGCUAACCGACGCGUCGACAAGUCAGUCGUUGACUAGUUUUGCUUAUCAUAGACAUGGCUUUACUAAUGGUUAGGCUGAACACAGUAACGUGCGUUGCUCCACGAAACUUUUGACUUUUGUGAAAAUCAGUUUUUGUCGCGAUUUUCAUUUGCUAUCGGAACUUCAAUCAAACAUCCAGGAUUUACGGAGGCUCAUGUAACGUCAAACUUUGUAAAUGAAGAUUAAAAACAGCGGCACGCGUUUCAUCUCUCUGCCGGGCAUCGCACAUGGGGUGAUACAGAGUAGCUUCCUGGGCCGCUGAGACGUGACUUUGGGCGUCUUAUUUCCCCUGCCCCUGCUGGCCCAGACAAGCUCGGACAAGCUGCCCUCUGAAUGACUCCUGGUCACAAAGCUGUAGGACUUUGCCAAUCCGUCAUCAUGAGCAAAUACUCGCAGUAUUUCAACAAAACCCUGAUACAGGUCCACUACUGCGUCGCCAAGGACAUGAACAAAAGCGAACUGCGGAAACGCAUGGAAAGCAAAGCGCGCUUUAGUUCCCUGAACAUUUUAUUCGUGAUCAUCUGCAGCAUCAUCAUCUUGGAAAACCUUCUGGUGCUCAUUGCAGUAUUCCGCAACAAGAAAUUCCACUCGGCCAUGUUCUUCUUCAUCGGGAACUUGGCUUUCUCCGACCUGCUGGCCGGCUCGGCGUACAUCGCCAACAUCUUCCUGUCGGGUCCUCGGACGUUUGAGCUGUUUCCUGUUCAAUGGUUCAUAAGAGAGGGCACCGCUUUCAUCGCGCUGGCCGCCUCGGUUUUCAGCCUGCUGGCUAUCGCUAUUGAGCGCUAUAUCGCCAUAACCAAGGUCAAGGUUUACGGCUCCAACAAAACAUGCAGGAUGUUUCUUCUGAUCGGAGCGUGUUGGGUUAUGUCGAUUCUCUUAGGAGGUCUACCUAUUAUCGGUUGGAACUGUAUUAACAAUCUGGACGAUUGCUCGGCUGUCCUACCUCUCAACUCCAGAUACUACAUCCGGUUCGUCGUCACCAUCUUCAGCAUGAUCUUAAUGGCAAUUGUGAUCCUUUACGUUCGCAUCUACCUUAUCGUACGCACAAGCCAACAAGAGGCCACCAAUUCUCCAGCAUACGCUCUCCUGAAAACCGUCACUAUCGUGCUGGGUGUGUUCAUCGUGUGUUGGCUGCCCGCCUUCACCAUUCUUCUGCUGGACACUUCCUGCUCGAUGAAGCAAUGUCCCAUUCUCAACGAUGCCGUCGUCUUCUUCGGCAUCGCCACCCUCAACUCGGCGCUGAACCCGCUGAUCUACACGUUGCGGAGUAAAGACAUGAGGAAGGAGUUCCUCAGGGUUCUUUGCUGCUGGGGGCUGCUCAAUUGCGGCAGACCUCCCCACCGCUGCAUGGUGCCGCUCAAGAGCUCGAGUUCGAUGGAGCACUGCACGAUCAAACACGAAAAUCAGUCGACUCCCAUCAUGCAGGACUGCACUACGUGUGUCUGAACCAUUCUGCACUAAAUGAGAAUUCGAGAGGUGAUCUGGAGAUAAUCCAUGCAGAGAAGGGUUCAGAGAUGAAACGAAUUUGCAUUUUUCAAAGCAAAUAUCAGCUGUGGCACUGGACUCCCUUGUGUUAUUUGUUGCUUCUGUCCUUGCAAAAAAAAGUUCAUGACCAUCACAGAGUAAUCUUGCGCCACGUAUUUGACUUUUUACAUUUGAAACCAAAUUCAAAUGGGAAUGAUUGCAUUUUAGCUCAUUAGACAAUUUGUGUGUGUGGAUGACAAAAAAGAAAAUGAAAAUGCAACGUUUUCCCUCUCUUAAUAAAUCAAAGUCGAAAAUA